AUGGUUCCCGUUGUCUCAACAACAAUUGGCCUUGUUUCACCGACUUCAAGCAUUAGUCGAAUGCCUCCGGACGGACAUGAAUUCCCGCAAAAAUAUACGGAAGAACCACCGUUGGAAAAAUCACCGUCUAUGACGACGACGGUCAAAGGUUCAGAGGAGCGACAACAAUCGGAAUCCGUACUGGCGGAUUCGGCGGUACUUCCACCGCUUCCGGCAUCAGAACCACCUUCCGCUCCUUUCAAAUAUCCCCCCAUAUACAAUGGAGACGUUGAAAUAUUUACGGAAAAGAAAUUUUUCGUACCGGGCGUCCCGACGGAAUUGCCCGUUCAAAUCAAAUCUUCGCGUAAUAGUUUCUGGAGGCAAGAUGAAAAAAGUGAAAAAAGUGUUCGCGAUAAAAUUGCCAUGUUUUCAUCCGUACCGGAUUCGGCUCCUCCAAAUCCCUCCAAUGGCAAAUUAAAUAAAUAUAAAAGCUCGGAGGAUGUUUUUUACUGCGACGAAACCGAUUGCAAUAGGAAUUUUCCAAAUGGUAAAAUUUCUUCAUCUUCUGCUUAUUCUAGUUCCUGUUCCCCCGAUUCUUCUCUCUCUUCUAAUUCUUCUUAUUUAGGCUAUUCGAGUACUUUACCUAGAAAGAAAACGCGAAAUGAAGAAUCUAAAAAUAAUUUAGGUAAAAAAGAUAACGUUGGUAUUCAGCGAACCACCAGUUUCAGCGUGCACGGAAGAUCGCAAAGUCUUUUAGACAUUAAUCCAACUCCGUAUAAAUCUCGAUAUUUAUCAGAAUCACUUCAAGAUGAUGGACAGAAGCCCGGAUCGUUAAAUCUUUUGAUUGAACAGAGGCGGAAAAACCUUUCCAAGUUAAGGGGUCUCGUGAUUCCAGAAAAAUCGACAAAUUCUGUGCCCGGUUUGCCUAUAGUUGAUCUUCCCGAAAUAAGAAGCCGAGAUCUGAUAUUAAGUUCAAAAGUUCCGAGUGCAUACAAAGAAAAAAAUCUAACCAAACAACCCAGAGCCACCCUUCCUGAGGUUGUCGUUCCUAAAGUAUCGCCUACGCAUCUUUGGGAUAUGCAAACACCUUUGAAACCCCCGAGAAAUGUGCCUCUCGUUCGGCAAAAUUCCGUUUGCGACGAUCCUUCUCCACUACUUGAUAAUCAACAUCAAACCGUUGACGAUCCCGGUUUAAGAUCCCGUUUGCUGUUCUCUCCCGAAAGAAAUCAGUACAGUAGAACUCCAUCAUCGGAUAUGAGAUCUUCGAUGAGCAUUUCAUCGAAUUCAUCAAAUCCACCCUCUGAAACGCAACAAAUGAACAUGUGCACAAACGAAGGAAACCUCAACGACGCAAAUAACAAAAGAAUAUUGAAACCCCAAAGCGUCGAAGCAAUAAAUAGGAAAAACGUUUUAGCUUCGGCCAAAUACAGUCGGGGAUUCGACGUCAAAUCGGAAGUUGUUGAAAACGGUUUGAACAAAAACAACGAUUUUAAUUAUACAAACAGUCAUAAUCCGAUGAAAAAACAUUCCGAAAAUGGUUUAACUGUCGUCGAUAAAGACAACAACACGUUGACGAAACCAAAAAUCGAAAAAGUUGCUUACAUAACUGAUGUUGUAGACGAUGGAACUGACGUUCUUUCCGACAGCAAUCAGAAUAAAAAGAAAUUAGAAAAAUCCGAAAGUUUACCAGCGACGACAACGGAUCCGAACAAAAGCUCAACUUCUUCUUUGAGGAAAGCAAGCGUAUUGAAUGGAAAUCGCGGAUCGAUUAAUGACAUUCGUAAAAGUUUUGAAAAAGUCGAAACUUUACCUUCGAAUCCGGUUCGAUUGAUGAAAAGUGUGAGCGUGACGACAGGAACAACCAAUAAUUACAACGGAAUUAACGGAAAUCAUUUUCGAGGUUCGUCGUUGGAUUCGACAGCCAGCGAAGAUGGUCCAUACGGUUGUCCGACGAAUCUUUUCAGAGAACAAUUUGGAAGCAUCACUUCUUUGGCUUCGUCUACCAGUUUGAUAUCACCACAGGAAUUGCAACUCCUUCUCGAAGAAGCAAAUCAAACACUGGAAGAAUCUGGAAACGUUGGAGGAGGUUUAAACACGAAUAAUCACGAUGUCCUCGUUAUUAUUUUACACAGAGAUACUGUCGGCGGUAGCAUCGGUAUCACUUUGGCCGGUGGUGCCGAUUACGAAUCAAAAGAAAUAACAGUUCACAAAGUACUUGCAGGUAGUCCUGCUGAUAGAGAUGGAAGAAUACAAAAAGGAGACAGAAUAUUAUCAAUUAAUGGAAAAAGCAUGAAAGGAUCUCCUAGAUUGGAAGUAGUUUUAGUCGUGUCGAGACUUAAAUCCGACAUUUUAACCGAUUGUAUAAAUUCCGAUGAUUCGAACGGAAUCAACAACAGCAUUCGACAGCAUUCGAUGGUCAGAGCGGGAAGAAUGUUGAAAAAAUCAACUUUAUUAGAAUCCGACGAAUCAUCUUUUUGCCAAACGGCGAGAGGACCUCCAGUGAGUUUGACUCUUGUCAAAGAUGGCGCCGGUUUGGGAUUUAGUUUGGAAGGAGGAAAAGAUUGUUCGACGGGAGAUAAACCUCUCGUUAUUAAAAAAAUAUUUACCGGUGGAGCAGCCGAAAAAUGUGGACAAUUGAAAGCCGGCGACGAACUUCUUAACAUAAAUGGCAUGGACGUAUCAAUAAUGUCAAGAAUCGAAGCCUGGAAAUUAAUGAAACAGCUUCCAGAUGGUAACGUGACCAUAACGGUAAGACACGAAGUUGAAAAUCGUCCUUGA